UCAAGGAGUCGGCGCAGGGUGAGAGCUUGGCAGGUUAUCAAGAUGGAUUUCCUUACGCAAAAGAACCCAGCCGAUCACCAGAUACCCAGGGCGUUCCAGUCUUACACAUGCCAGCCAAGCUUCAAUUUUUUUUCGGGUUUAUAUUUCAUUUGGACCGACGCUUUUAGUUAUAGGACUUUCAAGAGCAUUCCGUGGACUUCAGUGGACUCAGCGUUAGAAGAGAGACGGAGGGUAGAAUGGAUUGUCUCACUCUAUGUUAAAGGAACAGGUGAAAGGCUUAUUUGGAGACGCCCUUUCGAGGAGUCAGCGUUAGCACAAAACUCAUCUAUCCAGGAAGAUCAUUAUAGAAGCUGCUUAUCCAAACAAUGCCUUCACUGACUGAACCAUUUCUAGCCGUUCUUCUUGUCCUUGUGUCAUGCGCUUCGCUCCUUUGUGACUGCCUCGUUAUUCACGUCAUUCGAGUAGCGCCGCGCAUGCGUAGCACCGUAAAUCGGCUGGUCCAGAACAUGGCGGGCGCAGACGUGGUUAUGGUUCUUGUUAUUUUACCAAAGUUUAUCAAUGUGAUUUUUAACAACGGCAUGUGGGCUGUUGAAUAUUGGAUUGCUAAAGUUUGCUGUAUCUUAUCGAAUAUGGUAGUGACCCAGGCGAAGUUUGUAUCCAUGACAACGCUCCUUGCCAUGGCAACAGACAGGUACUUUGCAGUGAGGAGACCGCUGAGAUAUAGAGUGCUGUCUCACAUAUUUAUCAAGUGUUCUCUGAUUGGCUCGUGGGUAUACAGCCUGCUUUCCCUAUACUGUAUCUUCGGGUAUGAUAUCAUAAGUGAUGGAAGAGGAAACCAAAGAUGUUCUGUCCAUCCCGACCGGCGAACUCUUAAAGCUUCCUUCAACUUUUUCACCUUCUGGAGUAACCUGUUCGCCAUGGCGACGCUUUAUUUUCUCACAGGAUACCAUCUUUGGACGCGCAAACCCCCUGGAGAGCAUGAUAGGCGACGCGUCGAGGCAGUGGUCAGAAGCGCUGUUCACGUGACCAAAAUGAGUCUUGCGAUACUUGCGAUCUUCCUGUGUAGUUGGGGCGGGACGGUUGUGAGUGCCAUUGCACUUCUUGAUAACAGCCAAGUAAUGGAUCGGGAGAAAACGAGAGUGCUUGUCGUUAGCGUCUAUAUUCUAAUCCAGUCUAACGGGUUCUUUAAUUUUCUGGUGUAUUUGCGCUAUUUGAAGGGCUUCAGAAGUCACGUGGUUCGCUUGCUGACGAUACGAAGACGCAUCCAAGUCCAUCCAAUGUCAAGAGCACUGUAACCAGGUUUAUUCACUCGGCAGAUGGCUGGCACGGCGGCAGAAAAUCACCACCCUACCCCACCCGUCCCUUGGAUGGUCCUCAGGAAUUUCGGAUUUGACCGCAAAAAAAGCGCAAUACUUGCGUUUGUGCAAUUUCAUCUGUGGCGGACGUUGGGGUUUUGCGGUAUUGGCCUUUUUUGGUACGAUAUUGCGGGAAAAGGGCCAAAAAACAUGCGGUGAUGCGGUUUUUUAAAACACUGCGAGAUGCGAGAUUUUGCUUUUUAAAUGGCGGUAUCGGUAAAAAAAAUGUUGCGGUGUUAAUUAGUCUUCUCUGCUAGCGGAGGAAUAAUUAGCCCUGCUGUGCGCGGGAUUUUCCCGUGGUACGGGAUGAUCAAGCGGCGGGAAACCUGGGAAAUGUCGGGGUGUCGCGCAUGCUUUUCAAAUUCGCCCUUCUGUGCAUAUAUGCGAUGUUUCCGGUUUUUUUUUCCUCUCGGUAUUGCGAUAUUUUCGAAAAUUUUGUUCGAUAUUGCGGUAAUUAGGCCCCCCAACGUCCCGUCCUGUGGAACUACAUACAAUUUUCUUUAACUGGUAUCGCCUGCUUCUGUGUACGAAGAGAUUUUCAUUAGAAUGCACUUGUGUAGCAGGUGGUCAUUAAAUUUAUCUCAACGACAAGCCAUAAACAAUUGGCAUUUCCAUUAUUGAAGCUAUAAAAAGGAUACAAUGAUAUUUAACCAUCUCUGCAGUGGGUAGCCUUCAUAAGAAAAUAACUUGGUUGUAUAUCUGAAGGCGCCAAAAUCGAAUAUUUGCUUUCUCUUUUUUGAGCCCUAUUUAAUUAUGUCCACGGAAAAAAUCACAACAUUUUAAAUUAAAACCUCCUAAUUUACUAAUCGAAUAAGUGCGUAAGAGAAAGCAAAUGCAGUGUUGUUUACCGUCGUAUAGAGUAAAAUAUCUCACAUAUAGGCUUGUUAGAUCUGAGUAUGAUGAUAGAAAUACUUUAAUAAAUUACUCCCCUACAAUAGUAUAAAGUAGCUUACGCUAAGGAAAAUAUAGUACAUAAAUAUGUAUAUUUUUUUAAUAAAAAAAUACAAGCUUAAGGUUUAGAGAAUGUAUUUUUGAUCAGGCCUGCGGUUAUUUGGGAUUGUACUGCGUGUACUGUAGGAAGCAAAAGUUUGAAUUUGAUUUUAUUUCUGAUAAAAGUAGACACCUAAACUAGCUGGAGUAUAGAAAAAGCCACUAUUGCGCUGUGCUCCAUCACUUUAGAUAAUCGUCCUGUGAUUGGUCCGUUUGGGAAAAUUGACGUUUCCAUUGUCCUCCGAUGAUAUCUCCUAAAAUGUAAAAUGUAAAUCGAGGAAACACACAAGAUGGCGAAACAUGGCUGGAAAUCCAGCUUCGGUGAUAGCCAAAUCGCCGGAAUGUACGAUU